AUGGCGAAGUACGGAGAGUCAAUGGCGCCUGGGCAAGGCAGAGUCAAAAUUGGCAAGUAUACUUUAGGCAGUGUUAUCGGCAAAGGAGCGUUCGGAAAAGUUGCAAUUGGCGUACAUGAACGUUCAGGCAAGAUUGUUGCAGUGAAGAGCUUAGCCAAAGACAAACUUCUGAAAGGAAGACGUCUUUACCACUUGAGUAUUGAAAUUCAGAAUCUCAAGAUGUUUGUUAGACAUCCACUCUUCAUCAAGCUGUACGAUGUUCUCUUCACCCCGACCCAUGUGUUCAUGAUUAUGGAGUAUGCCGACACUGACCUGGAAAAGCACAUGUCCGAGAAUCCAGACGGUCUCCCGUCUGACGAGGCACGUAGAUUUAUGCAGCAGAUAAUCGCAGCUGUAGACUUCUGCCACAAACAGGAUAUCGUGCACAGAGAUCUAAAGUUGUCGAAUAUACUUUUGGACAGAUAUGACAACGUUAAAAUUGCAGAUUUCGGUCUGUCAAAUGUGAUGACAGAAGGGGAAUUUUUAGUCACUUUCUGUGGCACGAUGGCUUUUGCUCCUCCCGAAGUACAUGAUAGAACGAGGUACAUAGGGCCUGAGUUGGACAUCUGGAGCUGCGGAGUCAUCCUGUAUAUUUUGCUAUUUAAUAAGUCCUCCAUGCCGUUUAACAUGACCAAAGUACCUCAUAAAACAAAAUUUAAUGUUAACGGUAGAUUCACUGUGCCCCGUCCUCUGGAGGACAGUCUGGACAAUCUCCUCGCUUAUAUGCUGGAACCCAAUCCUGACGAGCGAGCCACCAUUUUAGACAUUAGGUCAAAUGUUUGGUUUUCAACAGAUCUGCCAGAAGAAUUCUUUCCAUUACCAUCUGAAAUGGAUUCUUAUGUUAUAAAAGCAGACAUUGUCCAAAAAAUCUGUCAGUACAAAGGUCUUGACGAGGCAGAGGUGCGCAUGGCUCUGAUAGAAAAUGAUCCAGACAACGAGAUAAACCAGAUCUACAAUCUUAUAGCCACAUAUCCGUCGAGGUCAAAUGACG